CGGGGGAGACGGUGCAGCCGUGAGUGCCAGGCCCAAUCUCGGUGGCAGCCCGGUGUCUUGCUCGGUGGCAGCCACCAGCCAGGCUGGAGAACUGGGGGGAAUUGGAAGGAUGGUGGUUUCUCCCCCAUUUUCUUGGCUGGUCAGAGAGCUGAGGAGCAGGAUGAGCUGCGGUCGCCAUGGGAACCGGGCAGGCAGGGAUACAGGCAGGGGAUGGGGGUACGGGCAGGAGAUGCAGGGGGGUACAGCACAGAGUGAGCAAGGGACGCCCCCGGACCAGCACAACCAUCUGCCGUCCCCGCUGCCAUAAGCGCCGCCAUGCCCAGCCCCGUCCACCGCCCACCCGGUGCUGCUGGCCCCCCUGGUUUAACCAUGUUACCAGCGGACGGUUCGGCCUUGCUGCGUGCUGUGGCGCAGGGCAAAUUCCGUCUCACCCGUCUCUUGUUGGAAGGGGGAGCCUACAUCAACGAGGGCAAUGCUGCCGGGCAAACACCGCUGAUGGCCGCAUGCCGGGCCGGUUACGCUGACCCACUGGAGCAGCCCCGCAUGGUGCGGUACCUGCUGGAAAACGGCGCCGAUCCCAACAUUCCCGAUAAAACGGGCAAGACGGCGUUGAUGCACGCCUGCGCCGAACGUGCCGGGCCGGCAGUAGCCACCAUUCUGUUGGCCCACGGUGCCGAUCCCAGUGCUCGUGAUUAUGCUGGAGCCUCUGCUUUGGUGUAUGCCAUUAACCGGGGGGACCGGGAGACACUGCAGGUGCUGCUGGAUGCCUGCAAAGCCCGAGGGAAGGAGGUGAUCAUCAUCACCACUGACACCUCACCCUCAGGGACCAAAACCACGCGCCAAUACCUAAACUCGCCCCCGUCGCCAGGGCUGGAGGAGAAACGUUCCCCAGCCCUUUGCAUGUCGCCUUCUGACAUUGAGGUGCGGACGGCGGCGUCACCAGCCGGCAGCGAGAAGGAAGAGGAGAGGGAUGUUUUCUGCUUCCCCCCGCCACCACCGGCACCGACCGCUGCCGCGCCAGACCCACCCCGCGCCCGGGCGCGGCCGCUGAAGCGCCUCAACUCUGAGCCCUGGGGGUUGGUGGCCCCGGGGACAGAGGGGACGCGGGGACCCCCCGAGACGUUGGUGGCGGGGAUGGAGGGGCUGAGCCUGGGCGGGCGCCCACGGCGGCACAGCGUGGAGGGCCGUGAGGCUGCCGGGCUGCCAGGGGCCGCCUGGGCUGAACGGGUGCCCCCUGCUUGCCCACAGCCAUUGGCACGUCGCAACACGGCCCCUGAAACGGCGCGGGUCAAACCGCCUCGCUGGGACCCUCCUGAAAUGGAGGGCUCGGCCAUGCCGCUGCCAGCCAGCGAGUCGCCUCCGGCCACCCGUCGGCGCCCGCCCGGUUUGCUGGAGCGUCGUGGCUCCGGCACGCUCUUGCUGGAGCCCUUGGCCUCUGGGAGGGCUGGCUUCUUGCCCCCCUUGCACCCUGGCCCGCACCCCCCUGGCCCCCGUGGCUCGCCCAAGGGACGACGCAAGCUGCUGCGCCGGCACUCGAUGCAGACGGAGGAGAUGCGGCAGUUGGCCACCUUCCAGAGCAGCAUGGCCCUGGAACCCGGCAGUUAGGGACAUCCCCCCCAAACCUGGAGUGGCACCCGGACACCUGGGUCCUGCUCCCAGCAUCCUUGGGGACCCCCGCCCAUGAACGGACCCCCUCUGGGGCGGCUGCUCUGUCCCUGCCCGGCUGCUCUCGUGCCAGCAUGGGGCCUCCUCAUGCAGGCAGUGGCAACAUUCACUCUGAACCCUACUGAUGACUGCAGGCACAUGACAAUUCUUCCAUUGCUGCCGUGGGCAGAAACUUUGCACGACCCCAAAUUCCUUCAGGAGCCAGUGUGUAACGUCCCCCCACCACCUCCAGGGCUCCCCUGUGUCUUCCUCCUGCUCCCUCCUCAUCCUCCCAGCACUGCUUUUCUCUAUGGAGCUCAGCAGCAGCUGACGACUGCCUGACCUGCCCCAUGUUUGGGGGGUCCCACGUCCCCACCAGUGCCAGGCACUGCCGGGAGCUGGGUGCUGUGAGCAAUAACCAGACCCACCGCGGUUCCCUGGACAGUCCCUCCCCAGGGGGGGUCUCCUCACAUUUUUGGGGUGCAGGGUCCCAGCAAGGGGGGUGCUGGGG